UCUCCUCGGGAAUCUAUUAUUAACAAAAACAUUUUACAAACACCGGUGACAUUGUUCGAACCAUGUGUAAUACGCGCGGUGAAAUUUCCCUGAAGUCUGUUUUUAGUAUGUCGCACCCUCUUUUUUCUCUCCUGUCUCCUUUGUGAAACUCCAUUAAUUUUCAGCGCAUCUAACGGACCUUUCGUUCGAACUUCGGAACGGUAGCACUUAUCGGUAGCCAGGAGGCGUGUGUCAAAAUGAAUCACAUGACUGACCGCAUCCGUGGACUUAACGAGGUCAUUAAUAGAUAUAGAGGUGUACAAUACGGCGCGCACCGCGAGAGGUUCGCACGAACGUCCGGCGAGAUAAAGUUAAGUGCUCUCUCUACGGACGUCCUCGAUCGCAACGAUGAGCGAUUAGUGGUAAACAAAGAGGUUCGUCGCCGUGUGUUACUUAGAAAGUAAAUAAUAUGCGACAAUGCGUCAUAUCGUAUUCUUCUUUAUCUCACAACACUCGACGGAAUGACCUGGCUGUAUAUUAGCGAAAUACCUCUCAGCUGAGUAUAUAAAUCAUCAUUCGUCAUUGAUCCGAUCGCGGCAGACCGGAAAGAAUUACUUCUUAUUCAUGCCCGUGAAUAAUCCGUCGCGAGAACGGAGUCGGAUGCGAGAAGAAUGGAAAACGAUUAUACAGAGAUAAUACGGAGGCUUCCUCUUUCUCUGAGGUUAGCCUAUGGCACUGGCCAUGUAUUAAAUGACAUCUGCGCUUCUAUGUGGUUUACGUAUCUGCUGGUGUUCUUCCACCUUGUGCUCGGAUUCGAUCCAACUCUAUGCGGCGUUGUAUUGCUUAUCGGUCAGAUAGCGGAUGCCAUGGUCACCCCCUUCGUCGGUUUACAUUCCGACAGAAAUGAUGAUUUCUGGUUGUGCAGGUACGGCAGAAGGAAAACCUGGCAUUUAGUAGGUACUGUUUGCGUAGUACUAGCCUUCCCAUUUAUAUUCUCGCCUUGCGUCGGCUGUGAAAACGCACAUCAAUGGGCACAAUUGAUCUACUAUGCAGCUUUUGUAGUAAUUUUCCAGUUUGGCUGGGCAGCGGUACAAAUAUCCCACUUGUCCUUGGUUCCAGAACUUACACCCACUGAUCAUGAGAGGACUCAACUUAUAGCUAUAAGAUACACGUUUACUGUCUUCUCCAAUGUACUUGUUUACUGUAUCAUGUGGGCCGUGUUGCACAUAACGAGUGAUCAAGAUGCGGACGCUCAGAUUGGACCUGGUGAUGUUCACAAAUUUCAAAAAGUUGUUCUAAUUGGAUUAGGAAUUGGGCUUGUAGCGUCCCUUAUAUUUCACGUUUUUCUUAAAGAAGGAGCUAAUGGUAAUGGCGAUGCUAAUGACGUGCUUCGUAGAGACACCAGGACAGCAUCAGUAUUAUUGAAAGAUACGAAACUGUACCAAGUGGCUUGUAUCUACAUGCCUACGCGACUGUACAUCAACUUAUGCCAAGUUUAUAUUCCCAUGUACUUACACGUGUCGCUGGAUAUGCCCGCAGCCUCCCUGGCUUACAUACCUCUGGCGAUGUUCCUGAGUAGCUUCCUGAUAUCUUUGAUAAUAGAGAGGCUCAAUACGAAAUUGGGCCGGAAAGUCGCGUAUUCUAUCGGUGCUUUGCUCGCGGUGUGCGCCAGCGUGUGGAUACAGUUCGGCAACGGCGACGUGUACGUCAAAUACCAGAUAUAUCCUGUGGCUGUGAUGUUAGGUUCCGCAGGCUCGAUCAUGUUGGUCACGAGUCUCGGUGUGUGCGCGGACCUAAUAGGACAGAAUACCGAAAGCGGCGCUUUUGUGUACGGAGUUAUGAGCUUCAUGGACAAGCUCAGCAACGGCUUCGCAGUUAUGCUCAUCCAGUACCUGGUGAAACGGUGCUCGACCAGUUGCAAUAAUUAUUACAGGGACAUUCUCACGUACGUGUGCGGCGGUUCCGCGGUAUUCGGUCUGCUGAUAAUUCUGUAUAUGAAACCGUUCUCCCGUAACAUGGCUUACAGCACGUUAGACCACCGCGGCAACGAGAACGAGAAUCGGGACCCGUCUAUAGAGAACCUGGCGAACGAGGGCGCCGAAGUGUCCUUCACGGGGCACGCACACGUUACAUAAUAUGCAUAUUAAUGUAUAAUUUGUGAAAAUUUUAGCACAAAAUGCGGACCGACAAAGACAUCGAUAUUUGAUAAGAAAAAGAAUAAGCAACGUGCACACACGUUGCCAUAUGGGUAUUAACGAGGUACUAUCUUUUUUAUACUUCACAGAUCUCUAUUGUUGAUAUUAUUAUUGUUGAUAUGGAUGUUGAUAUUAACGUUGAUAUUAAUAUGAAGCGCAGUUUAUACUUUUAUCCCUUAUCAGCGUCGUUUAUUCUAACGCGAAACCAAUGUAGAUCAAUUCGUCUCGUAUAUCCUGCACACUCGAUCGUGAGAUAAAUAUAUAUCUCGGAAUUGCAAUGCGAAAAAAUAAAAAACAACAAUAUAUAUAUAUAUAUA